CCAGAUGCAGAGUUAGCAGCCGCCAUUAUGAAGAGGCAUUUCCUUCCCUCUCUCAUCACCACAGAAACAUGGGAAGGAUACACCUUCGCCAACAUGGAAAUACGAAUUAAAGAGUGCACUGAUGUCUAUGGAGCCGUGCUGUGGCCAUCGGCGAUGGUAUUGUGCCACUUCCUGGACACUCAUCGUGAGGAAUACAACUUAACGGACAAGAAUGUGAUAGAACUUGGUGCUGGGACAGGUCUAGUUACAAUAGUGAGCAGUCUCUUAGGUGCUAAAGUGACAUCCACAGACCUGCCUGACAUCUUGGGGAACCUGCGCUACAACAUUAGCCGGAACACCAGGGGCUGCUGCCGCCACGAGCCUCAGGUGAGGGAGCUCACCUGGGGCAAGGAGCUGGAGGAGCGUUUCCCGCGCGCCUCCUGCCAUUUCGACUAUAUCUUUGCUGCCGACGUGGUGUACGCCCACCCUUACCUCAACGAGCUGAUGGACACCUUCCUGCACCUGUGCCACGAUGACACAGAGAUAUUAUGGGCCAUGCGGUUUCGCUUGGACCCCGAGAACCGAUUUGUGGACCGUUUUCGGAAACAUUUCCAUUUGGAAGAACUUUAUGACCUCCCUAGCCUCUGUAUUAAGUUAUACAGAGCCAGAAGAAAAAGGCCAAGCGCUCUCGCCUGCUCUGAAACUGCAGCAUGA